AGAGAGAGAGAGAGAGAGAGAGAGAGAGGAGGGGUUAUAAUAAGAUGCUUAAUUUUGGAAUCAGCUGAGAAGUUGGUGGGUGACAAGAGAAAUGCCUCCAUUUUGUUUCUGGUGAGGAGUAGCAUUGGUUGUGGUAUAUGACUCUUCUAUUUAUUUACUAUAAUUUUUCUUUUUCAAAAAAAGAAAGGAGAGAUAGGAAAAAGGGAGGAGGCAGGGCGCCGUCUUUCUUUUGAUCUUUCCUCUACUUCUCCUCCUUUUAGCCUUUUUCUUUUUUUCUUAAUUGAAUAGUUAAUGAAAAUUAUUGUUCUCCUCUCUCUCUCUCUCUCUCUCUCUCUCUCUCUCCCUUCUCAUCUCCUUUUCUUUGGUUCUUCCCCCUUUGCUUUCUCUUCACUGUUCCAUCUCCUAGGUUUUGCCCCAUCCCACCUGUUCUUUGUAUUUAGGGGGAAAAAUAAAAAGGAAAAUAAAAGGGAAGAAGAAGAAAAAAAAAGAAAGAAAGAAAUUUAAUUAGGGCAAGUUUAUGGAUCCGGUAACAGCAUCAACACAUGGCCAUCAUCUUCCCCCAUUAUUCCAAGACUUUCACCACCACCACCUCCACCCUCAGCUCAAAUCCGACGACGACCUGCGCAGCCGCGGCAAGAAGCGCGACUACGACGACGACGACGACGACAACGCCAACGACAGCAGCAACAACAACAACAACAACAACAACAACAGCGGCGGCGACGGCGACGGCAAUAAUAAUAAUAAUAAUAAUAAUAGUAACGAUGUGAACCGGAGGCCGCGGGGACGCCCGGCGGGGUCGAAGAACAAGGCGAAGCCGCCGAUCGUGAUCACGCGGGACAGCGCCAACGCGCUGCGGACGCACGUGAUGGAGGUGGCGGGCGGGUGCGACGUCGCGGAGAGCGUGGCGGCCUUCGCGCGGCGGCGGCAGCGCGGCGUCUGCGUUCUCAGCGGCGUCGGCACCGUCACCAACGUCGCGCUGCGGCAGCCCCCGGCCUCCGCCGCCGCCGCAGCCGCAGCAGCGUCGUCGCAGAGCGGCGCCGUGCUGAACCUGCACGGCCACUUCGAAAUUCUCUCCCUCUCCGGAUCCUUCCUCCCCCCGCCGGCCCCGCCGGAGGCCACCGGGCUCACCGUCUACCUCUCCGGCGGCCAGGGUCAGGUCGUCGGGGGGAGCGUCGUCGGGUCGCUCAUCGCGUCUGGACCCGUGAUCAUAAUGGCCGCGUCCUUCGCCAACGCCGCCUACGAGCGCCUGCCGCUCGAGGAGGACGACCAGCCGCCAUCCGCCGCCGCCGCCGCCGCCGCGAUGAACGCAUUCCACGGGCUCCCGCAGAACCUCCUCGGCGGAAGUGUGCCGGUGCCGUCGGAGCCCUACGGUUGGGGCGGCGGCCGACGGAUUCAGUCUUGA